AUGAAAAAUUACACAGUGUUAACAACAUAUAUCCUGCUGGGAUUGACAGAUGACCCAACUCUACAGAUUCUGCUUUUUAUCUUUUUAUUCAUCACCUACACACUGAGUGUUCUUGGCAACCUGACCAUCAUCACCCUCACCUUUGUAGAUCCCCACCUCAAAACACCUAUGUACUUCUUUCUCCGGAAUUUUUCAAUUCUAGAAGUUUCUUUUACCACUGUGUGUAUUCCCAGAUACCUCUAUACACUUGCCACUGGAGACAAUACAAUAACCUAUAAUCCUUGUGCUGUUCAAUUAUUUUUUGUUGUUCUCUUUGGGGCAGUAGAGUUUUUUCUCCUGUCAGUCAUGUCUUAUGACCGCUAUGUAGCCAUCUGCAAACCCUUGCAUUAUACAACAAUAAUGAACAGUGAAAUCUGCAUCAAGUUUCUUAUUAGCUGUUAUUUGAUAUCUCUUAUCAUUAUCCUCCCACCAUAUAUUAUGGGCUUUAAACUCGAGUUUUGUGACUCUAAUGUCCUAGAUCACUUCGGCUGCGAUGCUGCUCCAAUCCUGAAGAUCACCUGCUCUGACACAGAAUUUUUAGAAGGAUUUGUCUUGGUCCUGGCUGUGUUAGUACUCAUGUUCACCUUGUCCUGUGUCGUCAUGUCUUACACAUACAUCAUCAAGACCAUUCUCAGGUUCCCUUCUGUCCAGCAAAGGAAAAAGGCUUUCUCAACUUGUUCUUCCCACAUGAUUGUGGUUUCUAUUACUUAUGGAAGCUGCAUUUUUAUCUAUAUUAAACCAUCUGCAAAAGAAGGGGUUGCUAUGAAUAAGGUAGUAUCACUACUCACUACUUCGGUUGCACCUGCAAUGAACCCCUUCAUUUAUACUCUGAGAAACAAGCAAGUGAUACAAGCCUUCAAAGACAUGCUCAAAAAGAUUGCAUCCAUCUCAAAGGACUAA